AUGGCAUUCAGACUAUCCCAGAAGGCUUUCGGCCAAUUGCUCAGGUCGCAGAGCAGGAGCAUCACGACUUCAGUGACUGGCAGGGCGCUUGCCAGGUCAGCGGUGACAACAUCCGCCUGCUCAAGGUCCACUUUGGUCAAGGCCUUCUCCACCUCGCGCAUGUGCAUGAACGCCCAACAGAACGCUGUGGAAACUUCGAAUGACGCGUCCAAACGUCAGCAGCAACGGCAACUUUCUACCGACACUGUCUUCUUCUCCAACCUCCCCUUCUUCACCGACCAGAAAGGAUUCGAGCAACUGUUGGCAGAGUUUGGUCCUGUUUCGAACAUCAACUGGACGACCUCCCCCAAAUCCAAGGCACCUUGGUGUUUCGUCACGUUCAAGAGCCCUCAGGAUGCCGCCACUCUUGUCGAGAGCAGCAAGCAGGAGCCCUUCUACUUUGGCGGUCGCAACUUGGGUGUGCAGUUUGCACAUGCCCGUGCUGACCCCAAGGCCCGCACGGGUGGUGGACCCGUUUUCCCUCCCAGCAACCAAGUCUACUUCAGGCACUUCCGGGGAGACCUUAACGACUUGAAGACUUUCCUUGGAGAGCACGCUAACGGUGUGAACUUUGCCUACUUUGGUGUCGACCGUCAGACCAACACCCAGCGCGACUCUGGUGUUAUCCGGUUCGCUAGCGUCGAGCAGGCGCAGGCGGUUAUCAACGAGCUCCGUGGCAAGCGGGGACCUGACGGCAUGGCUGUCUUCUUGCGAUUCGCGAGCGACACCAAUCCCCAGGCAGAGCAAAUGCGUCAAGAGUCUCAGCAAUCUGGGGCUGAGACGCCACAAGCAGCUUAAACUCUGCCCGCCCCUCCGACGCUAUCCAUCCAUCCCCUAUCAAAACCUAUCCCUCGUCAGGACUAUACAGACGACCCCGGCGACCCAUUGCUAGAUUUACCAUUACGACUCAUACCUAUACAUUUGAUUAAUUGCACGACCUCCCUCCUCA